GAAAUUUGUCAGAAGAAGGAAGAAAUAAGGUGGAGAAGGAGGAAAAGAAGGAGGAAAAAAAAAGAAAGAGAAUAACGGCGUACUCGGUCAUUAUUAUUAUGUUCGCCAUCUUGUCAAAUCUCGUCGGCGCGAAAAAUCACUUCGUAUAUCGUCGAUAUUAAUUUUGAAAUAAUUUACGUCGUGAUUUUUUUUUUCUUCGAUCAAUAAAGGGUACCUGCUUUUUUGGAGAGGAUAAAACGAUUAUUGGUUGGAGAGAAAUAUCUACGUGUUUUAGUUCGAAGGAAGAGAGAUAAAAUCAAAAAGUGUGACAAGUUUGAACGAAAGGGGUUAAGGAUAAAAAGAACGCCGGUUAGGUGGAUUUUCGUGUCGCUGCUAAGGGAUUUUACCGAUCGGACAGACGCACGCUCUCACAACAUUUCUCUUUCUUUCUUUCUCUCACUCUCUCUCUCUCUCUCUCUCUCUCUGUCUCUCCUUCUCUCUUUACUUUCACACACGAUCUAGAAUUCGAAUCACUGUGGAAGAAAAGGAACAGCUGCGAUCGUCGGAAUCAUGAAGUUUCACAUCAGCUUGUCUCUGAUACUUAUAGCCAUCAUUUCUCUGGUGGAAAAGAUUUGUGGUUAUUCGAGUGGUGCACCGCCAAAGACUUGCAUCGAUUUGACACCGAGACACAGCGGAGGAAGACUUCAGAGUUCGUAUCCGCCAUAUCAAGUUCUACCGGCCGCGGGACAGGGAAGAGUUCGUUUGAUACUCGGAAGUCCUCAGGGCCUUGCAUAUGAGGGUUUCUUGAUCCUAGCCAAAGACGUUGAGAGUGGCGAAUUGAUCGGUGAGUUCAGCAACUUGCCAGAAAUCGCCAAGUUCGUCGAAUGUACGCCCGGUGUUAAAAACGCUGUAACACACACGAGCAAGGAAAAGAAACAUAAUCUUGAAUUCGAUUGGAUUGCGCCGCCUCAUUAUGAGGGUACCAUUAUCUUCAAUUCUACCUUCGCUCAGGAUUAUGCCACGUAUUGGGUUGGCGUUGAGUCACCGAAGGUUACCGUUUUGAAACGAUCCAUCGACGUUUUGACUUCGUCGACAUCCUCGACAACCUUGAGAACAACUACACCGCCAUAUUAUUAUCCAAAGAACAAUGAAGAAACGAUUACUAAUCAAGACGACCCCUUUUAUGAGGGAUGCAGCGAGACAAAGAAUUGCUUUGGAUUGCCUUUUGGCUGUCUACAGACAAAGAACUGUAAAAUUGCUGUCUCCGUAUUAGUCCGUGGAGACCGAUAUCUCUUCGAGAUGCAAGGACGAGAAGGAAAAUACGUUGCCGUUGGACUCUCGGAAAAUAAUAAAAUGGGUGACGACAGUGUGGUGGAAUGUACAAUAGACGGAAGUGAUAUCAAAUUACACACGUCAUGGAAUACUCCUAACAAGCGUAACGAGCGGCAGAGCUUGCAACAAGGUACCGUUCAACUUGAAUCAGCUUCGCUCAAUGAUGACCUAAUAACAUGUAAAUUCUGGAGAGACAAGAUAACUGUAAUACAAGAUCAUAAAUUCGAUCUUGUCAAUAAGCCAUACUAUCUUUUGUUAGUUCAUGGUAGCGAGGUGAAAGCCAACGGCGUAGGAUAUCACGACCUACUUUAUGAUUCUACGGGCGAAGCAAAAUUGUUAUCCGACGUUGGUUCAUUCACUGCAUCGAAUAACAUGUUGAUUCAUAUUCACGGUUCCUUAAUGAUAGUAGCAUGGAUGGGUACUACUUCGAUCGCUAUACUUUUAGCAAGAUAUUACAAACAAACUUGGGUUCAUUCCAGAAUGUGUGGAAAGGAUCAUUGGUUUGCUUGGCACACCUUCUUGAAUAGCAUUACCUGCAUUCUGACGUUGAUUGCUAUCGUCGUUAUAUUCGUUGAGCUUGGCACGUGGAGCACCGAAACUUUCCAUGCCUCUCUUGGAUUGGCCACGACGAUUUUAUGUUUCAUACAACCAUUCAUAGCGGCUAUGAGGCCCGAACCAGGUGCACCUAGGCGCCAACUUUUCAAUUGGACCCACUGGUUCAUCGGGAAUGCGGCACAGAUUUGCGCGAUCGUCGCUCUAUUUUUCGCUGUACGAUUGAACAAGGCCAAACUUCCGGAAUGGGUCGAUUGGAUUUUGGUUGCUUACGUCAUAUUUCACGUUUUAACGCACGUGAUACUCACCUUCCUUGGUUAUGCACCAGAGAGAGAGUCCUCUCAGAGAGGAGAUUCUUUCCCUAUGAAAGACAUGAAUCCUCGUGGACAGAUGACGAACUCGGAUACGAGAAUGGAAGCUCCCCGAGCUGGCCUGAGAAAACUUAUUCUUGGCAUUUACGUCGUCGUAAUCAUCGUUUUCCUUGCAAUUUUAAUUACCGUCGUCGUCUUGGCACCAAUCGAGGAAACAUGGUCGUCUAUUAAAAAUACCAUUUCGAGUUAUUGACCUUGAUUCAGAAUAAAAAAAAAAAAAAAAAAAAAAGACAAAAAAAAACAAAGAAAAAAGACAAAAAGAAAAAAAAAACGAAGAAAAAAGACAUCAUCGAAUUCAGAAGUUCCCAAAGAUAAUUUAUUGCAUCUGUCCCAUUGUGAGGCAUAUUCGUUUUUCAGAUCCAAGUUAGUGUUAGAAGUAAAAUUAAUGCGCACGAUAUGAUGCAUGUACUUACACGUUUUUUUUUUAACAAUAGAUUUAAUUUUCUUUCUU